AUGUCGGAGGAAGAUCUUGUUGCCAUCACCAAACACAAUACGCCACACAAGACCUCAAUCCCACUUGACCUAACCCUAGAGAUCUUUUCAAGACUGCCGGCAAAGUCUAUUUCAAGAUUUUGCUGCGUAUCAAAGCUCUGGUCUACGAUUCCUCGCCUCCCCUACUUCACAGAGUUGGUCUUGACACGAUCUUUAGCUCGCCCGCUGCUACUGUUCGCCUCGGAAAAAGACAAACAUAUGUUCUUGUACUCCUCAACGCAGCCUGAUGACAACAACUCCUCUCGUGUAGCUGCUAAGUAUCAUAUGAAAUAUCCGUAUCAUGGUCAUGUCUCUUUAUUUGGAAGAUGUAGUUUUGUCAGAGGCUUGGUGUUUACUAGAGGCGAGGUAUGGGUGAUAUCUAACCCCAACACGGGACAAUCUGUGACCUUACCUAAACUCAAUACGGGGAAGAUGAAUGGAGUGAUAGGCUAUUUUGGGUAUGACCCUAUCGAGAAACAAUACAAGGUAUUGUCCAUGACCUGGGAGAUUAAUGGACUUCAAAACACUGAGGAGCAUCAAGUUCUGACAUUAGGAACUGGUAGUAAACAUUCAUGGAGAAGGAUCGAAUGUUGCAUACCUCAUUCUAUUUAUCGCAAAUAUAAUCAUGUAUGCAUCGAUGGUGUCCUGUAUUAUCCAGCGGUUAACAUGACUACAAGGCGUUGUAUAAUUGUUCUCUUUGAUGUUCGGUCGGAGAAAUUCAGAUUUGUUGAAGACAAUGACCCUCUCGCUUCGUAUUAUAGUUCACCUAUGAUCAACUACAAUGGUAAAUUAGGUUUACUUCUGUAUGAAAGGGAUGAUGGUAUCCAUGGAAGCUGUACAAGUUUUAGGUUGCGAGUUCUAGAAGAUGCGGAUCAGCGUGAGUGGUCGGAGCAUGAUUAG